ACCCUUUCCGAGGGAUCUCCCAGAUUUGAAGGAAACCACCCGCCGGGACUCUUGCAGCAACUUCCCAUCUGCCACUUGAUAUACUUGCAGAAGCAAACCGGUUUUGACACAACUAUCCGGCCCUUCCUCAUCUCUUCCUGACCCUAAACGACGCUUCGCCGACGCCCAAUCUUUUUGAGUUUCGGGGUAAUCCACCGGAAAACAGCCGCUUCUGUCGCGAGAAAGAUGAGCGAUCAGGGUGCUGGUGGAGGGAUUGAAAGCCACAUGUCGACUCACAGGAGACAGGACUCCGGAGAGGAGCCAUUACCGACAGAGCCCGCCCCGGAAAAGAGGGCGCCGGCUUCUGAAUCAGAUACAGAAGAGCUUACCCCCCCUCCGCAAGAUUUGCCGAGAGGGUCGCGGAAGCUCAGCCAGAGUGGAUCGAACCGGGGCGCGCGGGCUGUCAGUCCUGCGCAAGGACUGUCCAGGAACCCUUCCACAUGCUCAACCAGUUCGAACGCCAGACCACAUGCCGAGUACCUUCCGGCACGCACACCCGGGCUGGAGCAGCGGCAUUCACCGCCGACGUCACACCCCAACAUUGCACCGAGCCCGCAGUUAGAACCCCCGGUCACCAAGGCAACCCUCAGCGAACUCGACGUGCAAAAAAUCGUACAUAAUCCCAAGCUUCGCCAUGACAUCAACUUCGAUCCCGAGCUCCACUUCAGGCCGAACCUGGACGGUGAUAAAGGAAAGAGGAAACAGGAGAAGGCGAACCAGUUCUGGAACACCUUGUACGAGCAGCUGGUGCUCUUCGUCACGGACAGGGAGACGUUUCACGCCAGGUACGGCCACGGGGACUGGUGUCUACCGGUACUCUUGAGGGCAGUCAGGGAUAUCAUCGAGACGUUGGUACCGCAGCGGGAUCGUCAGCUCCUCAACGAAGGGCUGAACGUGGAUCUGCUGAUGCAGCAAUUUAACCGCGGCGUUGCCGACCUGGAAAAGCUUGCGUCAUGGCUGGCGAGCGUCCUCAAGCUUCACUGCGCCCCGAUGCGCGACGAGUGGGUCGACGAGAUGUACCAGGAGUUGAGCAACGGAAACCGCAACAACGACAUGGGAGAGCUCGUCAAGGGGAUGCGCAGCCUGCUCAGCGUGCUCGAGGCCAUGAAGCUGGACGUGGCGAACCAUCAGAUCCGAUGCCUGCGCCCGGUGCUCAUCGAGGAUACGGUCCACUUUGAGCAGCGCUUCUUCUUGAGGAAGAUGGAGUCGAGGAAGCUCAGCAUUGCUCCGUCCAGGAUGUGGUACCGUGCUGCCCAGGAGUAUACGGAGCGGCUAUAUGCGGGCUCGCCCAUGCCGCACCUGCAGGCGUUUGGCGAGAUGUCCGUCUUCUUCGAGGCCUUGUCCAGGCUGGUUCUCCCGUCCACCUGCCUCAAGGCGAUCCCCCCGACCUUCGUUUUCGACGAGGACCGGAUACUCAAGCUGCGCUCCGACAUGCACGACAGCAUCUGCCUGGAGAUCUGCAUGCGCAAGUUCGAGGAGCUAGAGCGCCUAUCGAGGGUGACGCAGCUGUACGCCAGGAUACCGUCAUACGUGAGCGAGAACGUCGCCGGCAAUCGGUCAUCGGGCGACUUCAACUUCAUGGCGGCCGCCGCUGCCACCUCCCGCCCGACCAGCCUCGCGUUUAGCGACAACAGCUCGGCCUUCUCCUCGCCGCGCAGCUCUGGUUUGUUUGCGCAACCGCCCGCUGCAGACUCGGCCGACCCGCGCUCCAGGGCGUCCGAGCUCUACAGCUCGCUCCUCGCGCUGCUCCACACCGCGUGUCCGGCCAGCAGCCCGGCGGAGCGGUGGAAAGGGCUUGCCCCCUCGAUGGCCCUCCAGAUCCUGCGCUACGCGAACGCGCCCGCAUCCCUGCCUGGCUUUGAGAGCCAGUUGGCCGCUUGUCUGGACGACGUGAACUCGGACCUGUUCCGCGAGGUCGAAGCCCACUUCCAGCGGCGACUGCUCGCCGAGCUGGCCCGCCGCGUCGCCGAGUUCAAGAACCUGUCGGGGGUCGCCCUCUUCUCGCACGCGACUGGCGGUCGCGUCCCCCGGCGCUGUGGCGGCUGCAGCGACCAGGGGCGGCCCGCCGGCGCGUUAUUCGGCGCCGAGGUCUCCCGUGAGCCCCGUGACGACGCUGGCGUCGACGACAUGGCUGUCCGCCUGGCGCACCUGGGCGUGCUGCACUGGCGCGUGUGGGCGCCGCUGGCGUACGAGGGGGAUAUCGAGAGCGAGCUGAGCGCCAUGCAGAACUCGAUGAUCUGAGAGUGUGGUUACAGAGCAGUCCUCUCCUCCUGCGGUUGGCUUUUCUCGUCCCCCAAGCCCGAUCACACUGCUACUUUCCGCUUCUUCGA